UAGGGUUGAGGCUAUGUUUUACUCGUUAAGUCUUUUCUGACAUCUUUAAGUCUUUUGUAUCAACCUUUAGGGGUCAGGCUAGCUUUGUCGUUACAGGACUCAUCAUUCCCGUAGCUUUCUUAACACCAGGGCGUAAAUAUCAUAAAUUGUUCUUAAAGCUAAGGCUACAAAAACAAAGAGAGAAACGUACAGGCUGGUUCUGGUGGGUUUGUGACUUCGAAGCCAGCCUGUAGAAAACUUGAGAAUUCUCAACUUAAUCGCCGGAGUAGCAAGAUUUUCUCAGCGGGUUGCCACCGUCCUCAAUUGACAGCAACCCAGCGACUAUGGCGAGCCUGUUACUGCUAGUUGUCGCUGUUUGCCUGCAACCGUCGGAGUCAUUCGUCCUCCAUGGGCAGCCAAGUACAGUUUCCACCACCACCACAAGACUUGCGGCUCAUCGUCAUCUCUUUGAAGAUGACUUUUCACAACUAUCUCGCCGUCAAGCCUGUCAACAGGCGGCCAUGGCUACCACCACGGGAUUGAUCUUGCCUCGAUCGGCUCGUGCUGCCACCGAAGACCAAACCAAAACUGUCCCGACCGUUCAACUCGGUGACAGCAGUCUGGAAGUAUCGCGUACCAUUCAAGGCCAUUGGCAGCUCGCUGGUGGCCAUGGCAAAAUUCGAGAAGCCGAUGCAUUGGCCAACAUGGAAGCGCACUACAAGGCGGGUAUUACCACAUUGGAUACGGCCGAUAUCUACGGACCCAGUGAAAUCAUCAUGGGAAAAUUCAUGGCUAAACAACCCAAUGCCAUUCCCUGUACCAAGUUUUGUUGUUUUCGAUUUUUGGAUGAAAUCACACGCGAUGAAGUGCGACAGAGAAUUACCAAGGCGUGCGAAAAACUACAAGUCGCCAAAUUGCCAUUGGUGCAGUACUUUUGGCUUCGAUACGAUGUCAAGAAAUACGUAGAUGUGGCACUCUGGUUGACCGAAUUAAAGGAGGAAGGAUUGAUUCAAGAAAUUGGGGCCACCAACUUUGAUCUACCAAAACUCAAGGAACUCAAAAAGGCGGGAGUACCCAUUGUCUCUCAUCAGGUGCAAUUAUCGGCAUUGGAUCGACGACCCAUUCAAUCGGGCAUGGCCGAUUGGUGCGCCGCCGAAAAGAUUAGUCUCAUUGCCUUUGGAACGGUCGGGAGUGGAAUCUUGAGUCAGCGGUAUCUGGGCAAACCGGCACCGACGCAGGAGCAAAAGAAUACCGCCAGUAUGCGCAUGUACAGCAAUACCGCCGCACGAUUUGGGAGUUGGAGUUUGGUCCAGGAAGUUCUGCAGACCAUGGACGCCAUUGCAAAUCAAGUGCGCCGGGAUGGUCGCUGUGCCGAAUGUACCAUUGCCAAUGUGGCGCAGCGGUACAUUUUGCAAACGCCUGCUGUAGCGUCCGUGUUGAUUGGAGUGCGAAAUCAAGAUCAUAUUGCAGAGAAUGUAAGGACACAUUCCUUUGAACUGCGACAAGAUGAAACGGAUGCCAUUGAUGCUGUUGUGGCAAAACGGAAAGGACCAGAGGGUGAUGUUUGGGACAUUGAACGAGGAUCUUUGUAG